GCGCCCAUUCGCGAACAAUCACUGCGCUCGCGCUCGCUCUCACAAGCUGAACACCACACUCGCUGUCCGGUCCCGUCCGCGCAACGUCUACCACACGAUGGAUAACUCGCCAACCGCUCUAUUCGACUCUUACGAGCAAGAUUUCCAGCAGAUAGUCUCAAGUAUCAGAGAGAAACUCGAAGGAAAUGCGAAGAACGAGCGAGGAGAGCAGAGGAAGGCCGCUCUGAGGAAGGUCGAGCUCGAGCUCGAUGAGGCGGACGAGAUGGUCUCGCAAAUGGAGAUAGAGAUUCAGGGCAUCCCGCAGUCACUCAAGCCGUCGUACCAGACACGCAUCAAGGCUGCCAAGACCGACCUGCAGCGUUUCAAGAAGUUGUCCAAGGAGACUCAUGCUCAGCUCGCCCGUGCCGACCUACUCGGCGCACGUGCGAUGACACCUACCAUGGACGACCCGUACGGUUCCGACAAUGAUCGCACUCGCCUGCUCGCUGGUACCGAGCUUCUUGAGGACGGUAGUCGGAGGCUUGCGGACAGCCAGCGGAUUGCGCUUGAGACAGAGGAGCAGGGUGCGGAUAUCCUGAGGAGUUUGCGUGGACAACGAGAGCAGAUACAGAAUGCGAGAGAUACCCUUCAAAGAGCUGACACCUCCAUUGACCGAGCGUCAGGCACACUCAAGAAAAUGAUUCGCAGGAUGUACCAGCAGCGAGUCGUGACUGGCGCGAUCAUCGCCGUGCUCAUUGCGCUCAUCUGCAUCAUUCUCUGGUUCAAGCUUGUUCGGUAGCCCUUCUUACGACUUUGAUGCCUUUUGGAUUCUCACUAUGUAUCAUAUGUAUUCGUGUACUUUUCUCUCUCUCUCUUGUUGCUGUUAUUCUGGAUGGUCUGGAAUUUCGGGCCUUGAGACCGCUUCGAAGCGAGCCAGGAUCUCGCUGAUAUCCGCGAU